AAGAAACUAAAUAAACAACCAGCAACUCUAGACGGCGAAUCAAACCACGAGAAGGCGUUCGAGUGAGAGGGAACAUCAAAAUGAUGCUGCCGUUUGUGAAGCUGGGAACCCUGGCCAUAAGAACCCUAGCAAAACCCAUAGCUUCCAGGCUUAAGCAGCAGGCCGGCGUCCACCCGAGGUUCCGCGAGCUCAUCGUCAAUCUUGCUCAGAUGAACCAUCGUUUCACUACAACAAUACAAAGGAACAUAUAUGCUCAUUCAACUGAUGUAGCAAUACGACCCCUGAAUGAAGAAAAGGCUGUACAAGCUGCUGCAGAUCUCAUCGGAGAGCUUUUUGUUUUCUCGGUUGCUGGGGUUGUUGUAGUCUUUGAGGUGCAAAGGAGUUCUAGGUCAGAGGCAAAGAAAGAAGAACUACGCAGGCAGGAAUUUGAGGUGACUAACCAAGACUU